UGCAUGCUGUUUGUCUCUAACUUCAUCGAAGAUAUUCGUCCUACCUCGUGGGUAUGGCAGGCCUCUGUAGCCGCAGGCUCCUGCUGCUCUGGGCUGGAAUCGCUGCUUUGGCUACUUGUGAAGGAUACAAAAAUGAGUCAGCCACCUCACCUCUACGCACUCUGGCAACAUCGAUUGCCACAGCUUCAGAUACCAAAGUUGUCCUCAAUUAUUCACUCACCUCGUCACCCCCCACCUCAAACACCUCAUUUCAGUCAAACCUUUCAGCCACCAUAACUGUCAUUCCUGCUUCAAACACCUCAAAUCAGAGCUUACCCACACCCACCUCCUCUAGCACAAGUUCUGUCCCUCAGAACCAGAACCAGACCACUCCUCCAGUCAUUCAGUCCAACACCACAAUGGCAGCUCCCACCACAGAUGAGUCAGCCACCUCACCUCUACGCACUCUGGCAACAUCGAUUGCCACAGCUUCAUAUACCAAAGUUGUCCUCAAUUCUUCACUCACCUCGUCACCCCCCACCUCAAACACUUCAUUUCAGUCAAACCUUUCAGCCAUCAUAACUGUCAUUCCUGCUUCAAACACCUCAAAUCAGAGCUUACCCACACCCACCUCCUCCAGGACAAGUUUUGUCCCUCAGAACCAGAACCAGACCACUCCUCCACUCAUCCAGUCCAACACCACAAUGGCAGAUCCCACCACAGAUGAGUCAGCCACCUCACCUCUACGCACUGUGGCAACAUCGAUUGCCACAGCUUCAUAUACCAAAGUUGUCCUCAAUUCUUCACUCACCUCGUCACCCCCCACCUCAAACACCUCAUUUCAGUCAAACCUUUCAGCCAUCAUAACUGUCAUUCCUGCUUCAAACACCUCAAAUCAGAGCUUACCCACACCCACCUCCUCUAGCACAAGUUCUGUCCCUCAGAACCAGAACCAGACCACUCCUCCACUCAUCCAGUCCAACACCACAGUGGCAGCUCCCACCACAGCAGGCACUCAAACAACUGCUGGACCAUCUCCACAGUGUUUUUACCAAGUUCAACACAUCCCGGGUGGCUUCUUGAUCAACAUAACGAAUUCUCCCGUUGGAAACUACAUUAUUACCAUUACUGAAAACAACCAAACAGUGAAACAAGAAAAUGUUUUUGUUUCCCAUGAAAACGCAACACAUGAAAUCAAACAUCUGAAGCCCUGUACUGAAUAUGAGCACAGCGUUGUCCAUGCUGAUAGAGGAAUAACCUGCAACAGUGAUGCAAAUAAAGCUAAAACACAGUGGAUUGAUGAUAUUAAAGAAAUCAGCAACACUUCUGGAUAUGUUUGUUACCAAAGCCCCUGGAACCUCAAUUUUUCAGUGUCACCAUCAAAAAAUCAUCGAUAUGAGCAAAGAGAAGAUGGAAAAUUAUGUUUCAAACUUGCUGAUGAGGAUUUUUGCUCAGAUUUUAACAUAAACUUCACUCCAGAAAACUGUAAUGAGACCUUUCAUCGCACCAGAUACAUUUCUGUUGAUUUCAUUGAUCCAAAUGCCAUCGUUCAGCGUGAACCCACAGGACUUCCUGCAAAAAUAGAAACAAAGUUACCUUCAAACUGUAAAAACUUCAUGGUGGAUUACACCUGUUCAGAAAGUGGAAAAGUUAAUCAGUCCAUAAAUCUUUCUGAUGUGGAGCCCUUUACAGACUACAUCUGUACUGGUCUGAUCCAGCACAACAAUGUCUCCAUAAAAACUCCACGUCUCCAGUUUCAGAUCACGUGUGAUCUCACAAUAACGGUCACAAAGCCUCAUGGAACCAAUACUUCCACUGAGCUGACAUGGAAAACAAGCAGUAACAACUGUGAAGGUUUUCCCCAAAACUUUACGAGGUUUAGUUAUACUCUUAACUGCCCUAAGUCCUCUGGUCCAGGACCAUGCAAAAGUAUCAAACCUGAUGGAGGAACAUGUGAACUUACUGGACUGAGUCCUUACACUGAUUACAAAUGUGAAAUCCAGCCCACCUACAACAACAGGAAAGUUUCCAAACCAGAGACAUUUACCUGGAAAACUGAGCCUGCAACCUACACGCUGGAGGUGGUUGCUUUCAAUGCAGCGUUAAAGAGCAAACCUGCAACAAAACAAGUUCCCACUCGUUGUACGUACUGAUCAAAUGACGAUCACAAAGUAAAAAUAACUUCACCCUGAUGCUGACUACAAAACUCAGUUUCUACUCACUGUCUUGAAUCAACAAACCACUGCAUUAAUAUUUCUCUGACUUUCAUUUACAGACAAUAACAAAGCUUUGAUUGUUUUGUUGGUUUUUCUAACCAUCAUCAUCAUCAUCAUUUUUAGGCUGUGACCAAAUGUUCAGCUGUUACCAGAAACAAAUACUUAGAAUUUCCUCUCUGUGGUUUUAUUAUUAUAUUCACUGACGCUGUAAUAUUGUAAUGUGAUAUUUUCUGUUUGUUGUUGUUUACGUAUUAAGUCCAACUUAAUGCUCGACCUCCUGGAUGGAGAAAUUAAUAAAGUUGCCGGUGAAGCAAAGCCUGACGGAGCUGCAGACCAAACCAUCUUUUAUUUUUCUGUUGAGCUACUGAAUUUUUAAUCAUGUAGAAGAUGUUUUUCUUUUAUUGCUAACACAUUGUUAUAAGCAGUGAUUUCCAAUACUAUGUUUAAUUUUCCUCA